CCGAAGCCCAUUUGAAAAUUGUAGUUAUGUCAAGAGGAUCACGUGACUGGCGCAAAUACCUGUUGACACUAGCUAUUUUAGUUAUCCUUGUAAGUCUCUCAGAGGCGCACCGUGGAAAACUGAAAGCUCGGAGUGAAGUUUUGAAUAGUAGGACAGGCACCAAAGAGGACAAUUCUUUUGCGCCCAGGAGAGACUACUUGAAAGGGAGACAUGUUGGAAAAGACCGUUUUGGAAAGUCUCUGGAUGGGAUAAAUGAUGUCUGGAAACGAAAUAAGAGAGGAGUGGAAAACUUGAAAGGUGAAGUGUCGUCAGAGGAGCAGCCUCAGGGAACCAUCCGCUUAGAGCGCUUGAAGGACCACAAGCUAGUAGCUAGAUGGAAAGUCCCUGAAACUCACCGUAAUGCCCCAGUUGAAGCGUACGUUGAAGAAGGCGUUCUGAGGGUUCGUGCCGUCGCGGAGAGAGAAGGUCAACCCGUAACAGUGGAGGAAAGCUUGGAGCUCCCGUUGGAGGCCAGAUUUGAUGAAGCAAAAGUGUCUACUGUGCGUGAAGGCGAUGAUAUGCUCAUUAAGGUUUCUACUCAACGAAAGCAUCACCACAAGCACCAAAUGUUUUUGGAGCAUCUUGGCGAAGAAGGUCGUCAAGCUUAUAAUACUUGUAAAACAGUUUAUAGAAAAGACAUCGUGCGUAUUGGUGGUUGUAUUUGUGGAAAUUUGUCGUUGGUCAAUGAAUCUGUUGCUUGCUACGAUCACCUUGUUAAUAUCUCGGCGUUUUAUGCUGAAAAAUUUGGAUGUACCAACGGGUCGAUUGCUCUGAAAGAAGCUCUUGAGACUUGUUUAAAUAUGUCCGACUUGGAACAGCACCUAAACUGCAGUACUAUUGUGUAUGAUAAGAUUGUCACUGCAUGGGAUACGCUUCAGUCGUCUGGGAAGAUGAAGAAAUGGAAGCGCAAAGGUAUUCCUGAACACUUGCAAGACCAAAUUACUCGUAUCUUGGUUUCAUCAUAGGCUAUUUAGUUAUUUGCAAUUGUAAUGUUUGUG